AUGUUGGAGGAUUUAAAAACCAUCAAUGAGCUAGUUAUUCAGUCCUUUUCGCAAGCAGGUGAAGAUGCUAUUUCUAUUAUUACAACAAUCGAUAUCAGUUGUGAAGAAGUUAAUUUAAAUGGUACUAGAGAACAAAAAGAGGAGUUUCUUUCGAUGCUUUUGGGGCAACUCCAAGCUCACCCUGAAAUUGUUGCAAAAAUUGCUUGGGAUUUACCAGAUAUGUUAUUUCAAUUCUUGAAUUCUUCUAAUAUCAAUAUAGAAAAUGCAUUACAGCAAAGUUCAAUUAUCAGAAUUAUCAUGAAAUCCUUUAAUGAAAUAGCAAUGAAUGGAAGUCCCAAAGAAUGUUUUUUGACAGCUUGUGAUAUGGUAUCAAAUCUAAAAGUUUUAGAAUUUUAUAUCCAUAAUGAUACAAAUUCAGAUACCACACCUGAAUCUGGUAAAGAUACCAUUCCCUUAAACCAGAUACCAUUGGAAAGAAAUCCGAAUGAAUUUUUCUUUGGGUUACAACUACAUAUUAUUUUUGAGUUAUUAAGUACGUCAAUGAGACGUAUAAGCACUCUAUACCCAUCCAAAUAUUUAGGUAUGGCUGCAGCAUCUAUUUUGAAAUUUGUUGAUAAUAAUGUUGCGAAUGUUGACAAUAUGGUAAUCAUUUUACGUCGUAUCUUCACUUUAGUAAGAGGCUAUACUCAAAAUGACAUUCCAAAAGAUUUAAAAGAAAAUAAAAAUAUCAAGAAGUCUGAAUUAAAUUUAAUAGCUGAGCAGGAAACUGUUAUACAAGGAAAACUACUAAGAAGUUUGAUUACUACUUCACUUGAAAAAUGUUUGUCCACAUUUAAUUUAUCAGUCGACUCUAUAGUUUUUAACUCACUAGCACAUAAACCAACCAACUUUAGCGAGUAUUAUAUUGCUAUGUUUGAUAUGAUAUCCAGAAUUUAUCAUAUCGUUUUGUCUUUUGAUAUCGAUCUCGAAGACGAAUUGAAAAAAUACAUGAAAGAAUCUAAUUCUAUUUACAAAAGUUUGCCAAAAGAUUCUGACAUUUCUAGUGAAACAGCAAAAGAUAAAAUAUACAAAGCUGUAUAUAAGUUAUCUUACACGUACCAACUACAGAAAGUCUCUAAACAAACAGAAUUAUCAAUUGACGAGUUGGGUGUCUUUAUCUUAACUGGUUUUCAUUAUAGAGAGACUGGAAGCCAUUUACUAACUGAUAUCAACAUCGUUGAUGCUAUUUACACAUAUAUUAGAAUAUCAACCAUUCCUUUACACUGUAAAGGGUUCAAGAAUGAAUCUGCAGAAAGUGUUUCAAGAUAUUGGUUGUGGGUUGUACUUUCAAAUACAUCCACAGAUAAGAUACAAAAAGAUCUAGAAGCGGUUCCUAGCUAUGUAUUGAACGUGUUUUUUGAAAUGGUGCUAUCUGCCACUGUUGUAACUGUGAACAGCGAUAAUAGACUUCUAGGGUUUACUUUACUCACACGUAUCUUAUGUUUAGUGAAAGAAGAAAUUACUUUUAAGUUUAUGAUUCAUAUAUUAGAGUCAGACAGGGAUAAUUCAUCCAAAUCGUGUAUAUUAGGUAUAAUGAAGGAUUUGAUGACUAGAACAUACAUUUGCCCAACCAGUAAAGAAAUUGACACUGAUGAACUUGAUAAAAAAAUAUCGAACUUGGAUAUAGAAGAAAAAGAAGAAAAAGAAAGUUGUGUUUCUGAGUCUCCUUCAAAAAGAUAUUAUUUAUCAUGUUCAGAGAGUAGAAUAAAAUGCAUUCAUAAUGCAUGCGUGGUUCAAGUUUCAAAAGUCAUUUCAAAUCCUGAAAACGUUUCCGAUUCUCUUUUAUUGUUGAAUUAUUUGAGAUUUUUUAUUAACGUAGCAGAACAAUGGGACCAAAACGUUCUAAAAGAGUUACAUGAAUUAAUUCAGACACAAAUUGUUAAAAUUGAAAAACAAAAUGUGGAAAUCAAAUCAAUAAUAGAUGCAAAUAAUUCGAUCAAGGAAAAGCUUCACUAA